AUGCACUGCUCGAAGCUGUUCCACAUCGUGAAGGAUCACGAAUGUGAUAUAUUUUGUAACUUUGACAAGGACCUGCACAAGGAGGUGCGGAAGGGCAUCAUUGCUGCCAUUUUGCACACGGACAUGAUCAAGCACAAUGACAUGGUCAAGGAGCUCGGUCUGCUCUACCAGAUGAACUCCGACACGUUUGACAAGCUGAGCCCUGGAUCUGUGGUGAACGAGUCCCAGCAGAAUGUCCAGACCACGCUGAACGCACUUCUGCACUGCGCAGACAUCUCCAACGCGAUGAAGCCGUGGGAGCUCUGCCGCAGGUGGGCCGAUAUGGUCCUGGACGAGUUCUUCGCCCAGGGCGACAAGGAGCGAGAGCUUGGCAUGCCCGUUCAGUUCCUGAACGACCGCACGAAGGUCAGCCGGCCCAACUCCCAGGUCGGCUUCAUCGAGUUCGUGAUCGCCCCGCUCUGCGAGGUCUGCGUCCAGCUCUUCCCCCAGCUGGACGGACUUGCCGACAACCUCGGCCGCAACAUCUGCAAGUGGAACGAGACGUGGCAGGCCGAGGCCAACCCCGACCAGGCAGAGAGGGACAAGGUCAACGCGCGCACCCAGAAGGUCUCGCUGCGCUGCAAGGCCCUCCUGCGCAGCAAGGCGGGCAUGCCGGGCGCAGAGCAGUCGCCCCGGUGA